AUGGAUCAGAAUCGAGGGUUUCGGGAAGUAGCGCCCCCCGAUGAAGCUGAGCAGCAUGCGCAGCGAAGUCAGCUAACCAUGAACAAAACCGGCAAGCGAAGCUACCAAAGAGCUUGUAAAGUUGCCCUGGCGAAGGGAGCAGCACUUUACAAAGGCCGUCUUCUGACAGCUCAGGCUCUAGGAGCUCAUGAAGGACAAUUCGCGUCUCCUGCGAAAGCGGAGAAGCGAUCUUUUCAACCGAACAGACAGAUCCAUCACAAAUUUGACAUGGAAGUCCUUACUUGGAACGCAGGCUCAAUUACAAGCCGAGUUUGGAACGAGACUCUGGCCCUUUUGGCAACAACAGAGUACAAGAACAUCAAAAUCGUCUUCCUGCAGGAAUCGCAUUGGCAGCAGGACCAGGUCUACAGCUCAGGCCCGUGGUCAGUCUUAACCUGUGGCUCAACAAGCAGACACAAGGCUGGCCUGGUUGUCUUGGUGCAUAGCUCACUGGCUCCUCUUUCAGAAAUUCGCAGCACUUCCAUUGUUCCAGGGCAUUUGCAGCACGUCAUGAUCCCGUGGCAGAGAUCCAGGAUACAUCUCCUGAACCUGUAUCAGCACGUCUGGGAUUCAAAGCUUUCGAAGACGGAAAACAGAGGCAGGAGAAAGGACGUGAUGACACAGCUCGAAAAUCGAAUACAGAGAGUCCCGCAACGUGAUUUCUUGAUUGUGGCUGGGGAUUUCAAUGCGCAUGCGGUGACUGAACGUCCUCAUAUCGGACCAAGUAUCGAUUUUAUGCUGGUCAGACUGCACGAUGCUCGGAGGAGAUCCAAAGAGGCCUACUCUGAUAAGAACUUUCCUGUGGCUGCCUACAGAGAUGGAUCAAAACAUUUUCCAGUGCGAGCUACUCUGUUCAUUCCUCCUUACAGUCCUACGCCCAGCAAGCCACGGCCGUUUGAUGCCACAGCCCUGGAUGCGAGCUUUCGGCGGAAAGAUGACAACUGGCAUGCAUACUCACAUCGUCUGACGGAAGCAGUGGUGAGGACAAUGCAAGAGAGACCGUCUUGGCAAGAACUGGAUGAAGUGAUGGUUCGUGUAUCAGCUGAGCACUAUCCUCCUCCACGCAAGUCUCAGCCAGCAGCAGGUCCAAUUCAUCAGGAAUAUUGGAAGAAAGUGCGGCAAAUCCAGGCGCACAAGCGGGCUGGAACCGAGCAUAAUCCAGACUGCCAGAAGCUUGUGGAGGACAUCAAAGAGGAGGAAACUUGCUCCGUGGCGCCCAGUGCAGAGAGUCAACCUAAGAGAUCAAGCAGGUGA